AUGGUAUCGCGCCCUACAUCACCCGCUGCGUACGGCUACGCAAGUUCUAGCUCAUCGUCAAGCUGUGAUGGGCCAUUCGAAACCAUAAGGAUAUACUUGCAGACAGUCGACGAGCCUACUGCGAAAGCAAGUAACUCAUCUCCCUUAGCACUAGAGGAUAGCCAAGUGAGCUCUAUGGACGAGAUCUUGACAGACAAUCUGGUACCUCCGCCGGAGAUCCCUCCAAAGCAUCCGCGUAGACUUCUCAAGUUAGAAAAUGAAAAGAGGGCUGUUUGGCCGGCUUCGUUGUCACAAACCCCUCGGAAAGCGAGUUAUACCCCCCUACCUAAGUCUAGACCUUCGUUAUGCACCAAGCUAAGGAAUCUUCUACACUUGAAGAAGAAGAAGAAGAAGAAUUAG